AUGGAAAGUCGACUAAUUAUUGCUUAAAAUAAAAAUAGAUUAGAGGAAUGCAUUUAAGGAGUUUAAUAAGAGUUAAAUGUAGGAUAUUAAAAUCAUCAUUAGUUGUCAUUCAGCAGAAUUGAUGCAUUUCUUGAUUAACUUCAUCUUGUUCCUUAUCUACCGGUUGCUCACAAUAUCAUUAAUGAUUGCCCAAAUUUAACUUAGAUCACAUUGUAUUCAAUAGAAAAUUUUGCUUAUUAAUUAAUUCAAUAAGUGGAACCUAUUCUCAAAAAAACUAUGCAUAAGCAACUUUAAUAAAAUCAACAAAAGUUUAUAGAGAUUUCAUAAUCAGAUAAAAAUACGAAAGACAAUAAUCAAUAAUUACAUCCAAUUAUAUAAGACAACCAAAAUUAAUCAAAUUCUAAUCCAUUUUCUUAUAAUUUAAUCCAAAAUAAUUCUAUUCAAUAAAGGGAAUGGUGUAAGGCUAUUGCUUUUAAUAAAGAUAAUUCUAUUGUAUUAGCUGGAUGUGGUCAUAACAUCAAUGUAUUUGAAUUUAAAUAAGAAUAUUUGAAAUUGAUACAACUUCUAAGUGAACAUAAUAAUUUUGUUACUACUUUAAAUUUUAUGAAGAAAUCGACUCAAUUUAUAUCUGGGAGUGCAGAUAAAUAAAUUAUAAUAUGGUCUAUGGAUUUACAUAGUUAAUGGAUCUGUUAAUACAAAUUAAUUGAACAUUCUAAUUACAUUAACUGCUUAAUUUUGAAUAAUAAUGAAGAUCAAAUAAUAUCAGGAAGUAGUGAUAUGACAAUUAAAUUUUGGAUAAAACAGAAUCAAUGGACAUGCUCAUAAACUAUUAAAGAUCACAUGCAUUAUAUAGUAGGAUUAAGUUUGAAUGAGAAAUAGGAUAGAGUGAUAUCUUGUGGAAUUGACAGGUUGAUAUUAAUAAUAGAACACUAAUAAAAGGAUUAAAAAUGGAUUGUUAUAUAAAGGAUUUCAGUUGAACAUCAUGGUUAUCAAUUAUGCUUCAUCAAUGAUAAUGUAUUCACAUUUCAACCUAAAGGUAAAGAGUAUAUGUUUGUUUAUGAGAUCAAUAUUAAAAAUAAAUAGUACUCAUAAACAAAUCAAAUUGAUGUGAAAAGCCAUUCUGAUUCAUGUUAAUAUUGGUUUGCUUAACAAUAUCUAAAUCGAAAUGUCUACUUGUGAAUAAGAAUGGAAAAAAUGUUAAUUUGAUAAGGAGAAACCAAAAUGGUCAUUUUAUCACAUAAUAAUCUAUUCAAUUUGAGAAUUAUAAUAUAUUUGGAUCUGUGAGUGAAGAUGGAGAAUAUUUGAUGACUUGGGAUGAAAAGUCGGAGAAAAUUUAAAUUAGAAGAUAUUCGUAAUUAUUAUGA